AUGGGGAAGGUAAGGGGAAAAUGUCGUUUGGAUAAGUACUACCACUUAGCAAACGAGCAUGGCCACGGAUAUCGAGCCGCAUGGAAGCUGGUUCAACUUGAUUCAAUGUUCGGUUUUCUCCGUUCGGCUGUCGAGAAGAUGCCCGUCGAGAGUUUAGCAAUCAGCGUCGACCUCGACCCGAUUCGACCAAUCUGCGACGCCAUCUCCGUACAUGAUGAUAUCACCCAGGAUAGUGUAGAGCGUUGGUUAAGAAAUUCAUGUGAGGCUACCAAUCAGAAUACUCUAGUGAUUGACUCGGUUAAGCUUGCUACGGAGCUUUUGGCUCCCAAAGGAACUUUUGUCACCAAGGUAAGGGGAAAAUGUCGUUUGGAUAAGUAUUACCACGUAGCAACUGAGCAUGGCCACGGAUCUCGAGCCGCAUGGAUGCUAGUUCAACUUGAUUCAAUGUUCGGUUUUCUCCAUUCGGCCGUCGAGAAGAUGCCCGUCGGGAGUUUAGCAAUCAGAGUCGACCUCGACUCGAUUCGACCAAUCUGCGACGCCAUCUCCGUACAUGAUGAUAUCACCCAGGAUAGUAUAGAGCGUUGGUUAAGAAAUUCAUGGUAG